CAUCGCGUUUCUUUGGUAAUUUAUCAACAGUCAUGUUACGCUGAAUAUAUAAGCUAGCGCAUUCAGCACCAUCCAACACUUACAAGUGAGGAACAGAACAGCCGACAUGGCCAACAUGUACGUGAUAUGCCUUGUGUUCGUUUUGAUUAUGGCAGUUGUUCAAUGCAUUACCCCAACAUGUACACCGUCUGCAUGUGAAAUUAGUAAAACAUGCAAAUGGACAUGCGAUAAAAACGGGCUUCAAAUAGCUGAUGCCAACAACACCGUAUGCACAGUUUCUAAAGCUGUUUGUGGAUCUUCAGGCGAAUGCAAGAGUGCGUGUGUUGCAGCCCCUGUUGCCGCUACUUGUACACCGGAUCCCUGUCCAGGAGGCAAACCAUGUAAAUGGACAUGCGAAAAAUCCGACCAUACGCCGAUAGUUGGUGCCUAUAUUACCGCAUGUACACGUGAGAGUGGACCAUGUGGAUCAGCAGCAGACAGUGGAACCUGCAAAGCUGCAUGUGUACCUCCAACUGGUCAAGCAGAGGUAACCACACCUGCAGGGAAACCAGACAAAAGUGGAUCCAUAAGGCUUGGAGUUUCUCCCCUGAUGCUGAUUUGUGUAAUCUUCACCAAACUAUUUCUGUAUCCGUGAUGGGAGCCUUGUCCAAUACAUGAUUGCCAUCCUGAAACCUGCAUCACCUGUGGAGCACAAUGACGGAUGACAUCUUUUAUUCAAGGACGUUUAAAUGUUUUGAAAAACACAUGAUCAGUGCAAAUUAUUUCAAUCAAAUAGAUCGGAUAUCGAAUGAACUAGCCUUAAUAUUAACCUUGGUUAUAAAAAGAACUUGAUAUUAAUUACGAUUAACCUAAACGGUUACCCAAGAAAUUCGCAUGCAUUGAAACACGUCGAUGUAUGUGUUGAGCUGCAAUUUUAAAUGUAAUACAUACGUGUAUUCUUUAUUUAAGAUGUAUUUGUGAUAUAUUUAUAAAAAUAUCAUUCCUGUGGUAUUGCUGGAUGUUUGACUUCAUUUUAUAUUGAUUACCAAUAAAUAUUGUAAAGUAA